AUGUUGAACCAACAACGAUUCUACGUACUUCUCCUUGUUCUUCUUCUUGCUGUUGUGACAUAUGCUCAUUCCUACUCACAUUCUUAUUCACAUUCUCAUGAACAUCACCACCACCACCAUCACGGAGGAUAUUACGGAGGAGGAGGAUACGGAUAUCAACCAUAUGGAUAUGGAUACCGUAACAAUGGAUACGGGAAUAAUGGAUACAAUGGCUACUAUCAGCAAAACUAUUGGGGACGAAAGAAGUAA